CCGUUUCCCGCAAAAAUGUUCAGACGAUGUUGACAUGUGACGUGUAAAAAAUUCCUCAUUAUUAUUCAUCUCUCUGUGAAGAGAAGACAAGGAGUUGCAGUGACAUCGAGAAACUUAGACGUCAUACGGUUUAUAGAUAUUUAGCACAGUGUUGUUGAAACGGUUUACAGGAGAUUAUUGUGUUUUGUGACUGAUUAAAACCCAUUUAAAAAAAAAAAAAUGGGUAUGGAGUAAUCAUGGUGUAAUUUGAUAUUCUACAUCUAGUGUAGAGGUGAUUUUAACUUAUUUAAGAUAUAUUGACUAUAUUGGAAGAGGUUGUCUUGGAAAUGGAGAAAACGUCACCGCUUCAACGGACGAUGUCCAAACGUUAUGACGUUUUGAUGCGUUUGUUGUUGAUUGGGGAGACUGGCGUGGGGAAAACUUGUGUUUUAUGUCGGUAUGCCAGCGAGGAAUUUAUUGACUCCCACAUCACUACAAUCGGAAUUGAUUUCAAGAUGAAGACAAUUUCAGUGAGUGGAAAGACAGCCAAAGUUCAGAUAUGGGACACUGCAGGACAAGAGAGAUUUGAAUCGAUCACAAAGCAGUUUUAUAGACGUGCUCAGGGUGUGAUUUUGGUGUAUGAUAUCACCAGCAGGACGUCGUUUGAAGCUGUACCAAAAUGGUUAGAUUUUGUAAGACAGUUUGGACGGGAGGAUGUUUCCAUACUGUUGAUGGGAAACAAGAAAGAUAAAGAUGAAAAACGACAGGUGCUUGAGAGUGAGGGCAAGAAGUUUGCCACAGAAAAUAAUCUACUAUUUUAUGAAACCAGUGCAAAAGACAGUGUCAAUUUGGAAAAGGCAUUUUACAGUCUGUGUGAAGAUGUUAUCAUUAAGGAAAAAGAAAAAUCAUUGUCUGAAACAAAAAACAAUAAUGGCAUUGUAACAGUUCAGAGUGAGGAGGGGACCACGAAAGAUACGACACAGCUGAUUACGACAGACAGGGAGAAGAAAUUCACGUGCUGUAAUGUUUCAUGAUACCUUGUACAAGCUAUCAGGUUUUAGGGUUGAGGUGACUAAUUUGGGGGGAAAACAGGAUGAUGUGUCGAAGUACAUGUGUAUGAUCAGAUGGAUGAGAGUGAUUUCAGUUGUUGGUGUGAGGUUUUUUUUGUGUAUAGAGGGGGAUGAUGCAAACAUAUACUUUUUAUAUCAAAAAUGCAAUUAAUGGAUAUCUUUAUAAGGCCAUCAUUAAAAAUUUUUGUUUGAUGUACUCCAACCCACAUUUAUAAAGGUGGGUAGGUAGGUCAGUAUUUAUUUUUUGAAUGAUGUAUCACAUUGAUUCAAGUUAUGAAAACCAGAUUUACUAAUUUUCUGUUUUCAUUAAACACCUAAUAGCAAGACAUAUUUUUAUAUUAAUAAAGAGUUUAAAGCAUUCAUUUUAAUUGUAACGUGCGUAAAUCUUGCACUGUUUUCUGAAAAUUUUACAGGACAUUUUGUAUUUGUCACAGAUGAAGACAUCAAAACUGUUAAUGCAUCAUAGUGUAUUCUUCACUUGUAUACAUGUUUCAGAGGAUUGUUUAUUAACGCCCGUCUGCCAUAGACAUGGUAAUCUAAUGACGUAAUUCCCGCCACAUACUGGUGAACGUCAGUGAUGUAAUAUAGGUGUUUGUAAAUUGCAUGGACAUUUUUGAUCUCUAAAGCAUCUCUGGGAAAUAAAGUUUAGGAAUUUAAAGUUUAAAACUUGUAUGGAUUAUCUGUAUUUUCCUGGAAACCAAAAAUAGAAACUUCAAAGUAUUGAAUAAAAUGAUCAGGUCUUGGUGAUUUUGAUGGGACGGUCGAAGUACAUCAAACAAAUCAUUUUUUAUGGUUAGCCUAAAAUGUAUAUUUUUCAGUGCUUACAUGAGAAACAGUCUUACCAAAGAUUUCAUUUUUAGGGUGAAAAUCAAUCCUUUAUGUAUUUUUAAGGACAUUAUCAUGUUAAAAAUCAUCAUUAAUCGUUGAAGUUAAUAUGAGGCAUACAUUUUUUGAUAUGUGACUAUAGAUUUAUAGGACAUUUUUGAAUGAUGUAGACUUGUAGCUAUCAUUUUGGCUAUUUUUUAUUGGUUCCCUACCAACAAAGCUGAAGGGGACUAAUAGUUUGCAAUUCUUCAUUCUGUCCACCUAUUGCAACUUCGUUUAUUUUUUCAUCAUGAUUUGAUUUAGGAAGCUGAAAUUUGUUAAGUAAUUAACUAAUGAAUUUUUAUGGAUUCUGUUUAAGGUGAUAGGACUUUUGUAUUUUACAUCUCUAUUCCUUCUUUAGAUAACAAAACUUGACCUGGGGGUUUGACCUAAUUUUUAAAAAAAACUGUAUUCUGGGUCCUAACUUUUGAAUGGUUAGUAUUAGGGUUUUCAUAUUUCACAUGUGUAUUCCUUGUAUGGUCUUUUUUGUCAGCAGACCAUUUUUGUGAUGAUUGGGCAUUUAUAAUGGGUUUUUUUCCCCAUCAUUUGACAAUUUUUUUAAAACAUGAAGUAGAAGAACCCUGGAAUUAUAAACCUUGAGCUGUCACAAUGAUUAUACAAUUAUACAUGUACCGGUAAUCCUUGAAAUGAUUAGUUGAAACCAAAGGUUAAUUAUUUUUAAUAUAUAUUUAUCGGUAUACCUGUGUGUACCUGUAUAUUCUAAGAGAUGCACAUGACAAUUUUUCAUGAAUUUUUAUACUUAAUGAAUGUUUAAUGAUUAUUACCAUAGACAAAUUUCAUCAAAGCAUUACUGUUUUUUUAUUUUGAUGAAAUUGUAAAUCAACACAGGGUAAUUUUUGUUUUUCAUGUUUAGCCAGACUAUCCUGAAACAGGUUAAGACAGAUUACAGUGAAAUUUACACAGAGAAACAAACUGUAACCAAAAUGCAUUUCUUCAUUAGAAGCAAAUCUUGAAUCUCAAAAUAACAUACUUAGUAUGCAUUAAAGGCAUAGGGUCUAUCUUUUAUCUAAAAAAUGACAUCACAAUAUUUUGCAAGAAGAACUCCAAAAAACAAAUUUGUAGCAUUAAUUAUGAGUUAUCUAUAGCUGCAGCGCUUUGAAAUUGAAGUCAUUUUGACGUUUUAGCCCUUUAUAAAAUUUUUGUCUGGAGGACAAUAUAUUAAACUGGUACCCCGCUGAUUGGUGGCUACACACAAACAUAAGAGAUGCGAAGUCAACAGGGUACCAGUUUAGGCAAAGGAGAACAGGGAAUUAUUUUGUAAUUACUAUUGUAUCCAAUGUGUUUGUAAACUUUUUGUGAUUUUUUAGUUAUGAUCUUAAAUUUUGCCAUGGCACUGUUUUGGAACAUGCAAAAUUUCACCAAUAUCUUAGACCCUAUGCCUUUAAUAUACCUUGUGUUUCUAUCUUGUUCGUUUAUUUUACAAGUGCCCAUUUAAUAGGAAGCAAAAUAACAUUAUUUUGUAUGAGAACUUUUGCUCCUAUAUUACUGGUGUUUUGUAUGAGAACUUUCGCCCCUAUUUUCUGGUGUUUUGUAUGAAUUAAGUUGCAAUUGAAAAGUAUGCAUUUUAUAUUGUGUUUCUAAACACUGACCCAGUACGUUGUUUGUAGUGCAUUAGAUCUAAUUCAUUUUAGAGAAACUUUUGAAAAUUGAAAAUUAGAAUUUUAUAUAUAAUAUAUUUUGUUGAAGUAUUUUCUAUGUGAUAUGUUAAAAAUCAAAUAUUUUAAAGAUUGUAAAAACUGUGAUGUGUACACGUGGUAUCGGUAUGCUGGGUACUGUUUGAUAUUGUUCUAGUUGUGAUUCUGUUUGUUGUGUGAUAUUAAUAGGAUUAUGUUGGUUAUCUCCCUUGAAAAAGCAUUAUGUUGUUAUUCCAUGUUGAUGUUUUAUAAAGUUUAAAAAUCUGGUGCUGUGCCCUGAUUCUUGCUAAUGUUGACAUGUUACUGACGUUUUUAUUUUUAUCUAAUAUUCAACAGGAUGAAUCUCAUUUCUGGGACCAUAUUUUCAUGUGUUCACUCUGAACAAUUAAAAAAUGUCAAUCCUUUU